GCGUUAAGGUUAUUCAUUGUAGCACUUCGACGAAGGGAGAACGAAGCGAACAAAGAUUUUCAAAUAACCUAUCGAAAUUACUUCACUUGAACGCAUUGGACAAACUUCAUCCUUUAAACUAUCAAAACCUUCUUCACCAUGGAUUUAAGUAUUCUGUGGCUCAAAAAUCUGUGCUUGUUGGCUUUACUCGUUUCUCUUGUACAAUCAAUAAACUGUCCGAUAGGAUUUUACCCAACUAAGUUUUUUGGUGAUGAGUUUACAUGCCAUCCUUGUCCAGAAGUUUGUGCGGAUCAAGGAUUAGACAAAGAUCGUUGCAAGAAACAUUGUCAUAAACCAUCACCUUCUACCGCCUUUGUUCUAGCUCCAUCCGCAACAAUAAUUCCAUCCCUCACUAGCACCUUUAAAGGAGGCACUACCCAACAACCUACAAGAAUUCCUUCAUCUGCAAUUCCCUCUCUAAGCAAAGACCACCAUGUUUCAACGAUUAUGUCAACUUCUUCGUCAGGAACAAAGGUAGCACCAGUAACAAUUGACGUCGAUGGCAAAGAUUUUCCUGUUUGGAUAAUCAUAUUAUGUGUGGUGCUCUUCCUAGUUCUAGCUGCCGUAAUUCUGUUAAUUUAUCGUCAUAAAACGCGUGCAAGGAAAAAUUUGUACAAGUCUCAAGAUAUCAUCGACGAAAUGGACACGACGUCCGUUUAAACGAUUUCGAGAUCAUAAAACCAUGACAUGCUUCAGCAGCAGGUAGCCGACUAAGUAUAGUCCAAACAAGACCACACCUCCCUACAAAACAACUGUGGAUCUAUCAACGACAAGCAGAGAAAAGAAAAUUUGCUGGUUGGAAUAUUUAUUACCUAUGCAGCUUUAAUAUACUUUUUUUAAUAUAUACAUAGAUAGUGUUUAUUUGGUGUUAAUAAUAGUGUUUAUUGUCCUAGAUAUAGUCACGUGAACUUAACAACACGUGUACUGAGGUCAUAAAUUAAUUGUCUACGUUAAGAGAAAUGUAAAGACUAAAGAUUAUGCAGCAGCUCAUACACAUGCAAAAGUUUUUUCUAGACCGCAAUAACAUUGUGCUUUGAUAUCAUCAGCAAAAUAAAUGAUUUCAAAGGAUUUAGGAAGCCGUAUUGUACUACCCUUGGGUUGGUAUCAGGAAGAAAUUUAAGUUUUGAAAACCAAUCUGUCGUGUCUGGCUUUAACCAAUUUCACUUUCAUCCUCCCGUCUAUGGGCGAAGUUGAAUGCCUCGUUUGUCAUGAACUUUGAUAUUCAUCCAAAAAUAGUAUUUAUUGAACUUGCUAAUACUGAGACAAAAUACCACAAGUUUGACAUAGCAGUACAAACAGCACUUAGGUAGUCUAUAGGUUGACCCAGUUGAAAAUAAGCCAAACCUUUUUAGCAAGAUAUUUUGUUGAAAUCAAACAAGAGCUUUUCAGCAAAAUCGCUCACCGUCUACUUGAAGAAUAAUUAUUCAGUAACAAUAUAAAAUAAAAUAUAAUGAUAAUUACAAAUAAUAAUUACAGAAAUAACUACGAGACAAUUAUAUAUUGCGUUUAACAAUCAAAUUUAUAAUGAGACCUGCACUGCCCCGUGACUUUUCUCUGUCACGUGACGUGUUCUCAAUAUUUUCUGACAUUAUAAAUCGUGUACAUAAUGAAGAGAUACAAAUUAAACACUAUACUAACUGUC